AUGGCGGUGGGGGCGGCGCUGGCCGCGGCGCUCUUCGCGCUGCUGCGCCCCGUCAUCGGCGCCGUGCCGCGCAACACGCGGCGGCAGCUGCGGCAGCUGGCGUCGCAGCUGCCCGCGGGACCGCUGUGGGCCAAGAUCGCGUGGCUGUGGGAGCAGCCCUUUGUGCGCAGCGUGCGCAUGGCGGCGUCUGUGGCGAACUGGGGGGUGCGGCUGCCGGCGAUCGCGGCGCUCAUACUCACGCAGGCCAGCGUCAUCACAAGCCAGGUGUCCCUCGCCAUGCUGGCGCCGCUGCUGCUGGGGACGGGCAUGCUGCUGCGCAGCAUCAAGGCCAACGCGGCCUACAUCAUCCCGCGCGUCGGCCUGCUGUUUGUGAUGCUUUGGAUGUGCUGGUUCGUGCACUCGGUCAUGCAGCGCACCCUGCUCUUCAUGCAGCAGCAGGGUCGCCUUGACCGCCGCAUGACGGCCGGCCUGCUGACCCUGACCGAGUGCAUCGCGCUCAUGCUGGCCGCGAUUGUGGUGCUGACCGUGGCCGGCAUCAACAUCGGCGGCCUGCUGCUGCCGGCGGCUGUGGGGCUGGCGUUUGCUUCAAAGGACGUUCUGCAGAACCUGGUGGCGGGCGGGUUCCUCCUUAUCGUGGCGCCCUUCAGGAUUGGCGACCGCGUCGCCGUCCCCUGCACCGCCACGCCGCCGCCCCCGGCAGCUGCGCCACCGCCCGCCCUGGCCGCCGACGGCGGCAGCGGCAGCGGUGGCGCAGGGGCGGCGGCGGAUGGGGAGGUGGACGGCAGCGGCGGGGGCGUGCUGGUGGGGGGCGUCGGGGGCUGGUUUGAGGGCGUGUGUGAGUCGGUCUCGCUGCGGUACACAGUGCUGCGGUGCGGCAAGAGGAAGCUGAUGGUCCCAAACAUUGACUUUGUCAACCGCCAGUUCAUGGUGCUGGAGGAGACCCCCGGCAGCCCCUCCCGCGCCGCCGCCCGCGCCCGCGCCAACAACGCCAGCCCCCGCGGGCCCGCCGGUGCCGCUGCGGGCGGCCGCGGCGCCGCCCAGCCGCCGCUGGUGUCUGGGGCCCCUGGCCUGCACCACGCCGCGGCGGCCGCGCCGCUGCCGCACCCGCCGGGGCUUUAUGGCCUCGGUCACAGCCACGGCCCGCCGUUAGGGCCUUUCGCCGCGGGCCCGUCGGCCCCAUAUUAUGGCGCCCAUUUCAGCUGGGGCGUGCCCCCGCCGCACCUGCAGCCGCCGGGCGCGCCGCCGGAGGCACUUGAUGGGGGCGGCAGCGGCAGCGGCAGCGCGACGCCGGCCGUGGUGACGCCGCUGGGGAGCAUGUCAUACGAUGAUGAGAUGGCAGCGGCGACUGGCGGCAGCGGCGGCCACAGCAGCAACGGCAGCCACAGCAGCAACGGCAGCAGCAGCAAUGGCAGCGGCAGCGGCAGCAACGGCGACGGCAGCGGCAGCAAUGGCAUUGGUGUGCAUGGCACUGAUAACACACGCGUCGCUGGCGACUCGGGGGCCCGCGACACAGCCGGGACGGCGCAGGACGUGCCAUCGUCGGCCGCGCCUGCCGCUGCGCGCGGUCCGUCAGAGGAGGGCGGUGACGCGGCGCGGCGCCAGCAGCAGCAGCAGCAGCAGCAGCAGCAGUAUGACGCGUGGGCGCGGGGCGCGUGGAUGCCGCAAGGCUACGUGCCGAUGGGCUGGGCGCUGCCACACCUGACACAGCAGCAGCAGCAGCAGCAGCAGGCGCAGCAGCAGCAGCAGCAUCACUCCGCCGGCCACCACCACCACCACCAUCACCACCACAACGGGUUUCAGCAUCACGGCCUGGGACAGCUCGCGGCGCCGGCAAACGGCGGCGCGUCCUCUCACGCCAACGGCAGCAGCAACGGCAGCAUCAACGGCGGCGGCGGCGGCGGCGGCGACGGCGACGGCUCUGCGUCGGCCAACGGCGGCGGCCCCAAGGGCGAGCGCACGGGCAGCGGCGGCCAGCCGGGGGCCGACGGCGGCAGCAAGGCGGGGCAGGCUGCGGCCAGGGCUCCCACAGCGGGGAGCGCGCCUGCUGCUGUGCCUCUGGCGGCCGCCGCCGAGCCGGACGCCCGCCGGGCGGCGGCCGGCGCCAGCUUCCCGGCUUCCCUGAUGCCGCCGCCGCCGCUGUCGUUUCCGCAGGCGUACCACUAUCCCACCCACUGGCAGUGGUCGCCGCCGCCGCUGCAGCAGCAGCAGCAGCAGUUGCCGGCGCAGCAGCAGCAGUUGCCGCCGCGCCCGCCGCCGCCACAGCAGCAGCAGCAGCCACAGCAGCCGCUUGAGCGGCCGCAGUAG